AUGACAGCCCGUUCCCAAUACACCGAGCGAAAACUUCUGGCACAUGUCCAGUGGUGGGAUGCCUCAACAGUGAAGGUCCUCUGCCCAGGCUGCGGCGAGAUCCACGGCCAUGGCUUUUCAGGAUACGAGUCAGGCCGGAACCUGGAGCGGACCUCGGACUGCGGCGAUCCUCGGUUCAGUUGCCAUUACCGGAUUCACUACCCGUUCGGCGAAGCAGGUUGCGAGACAUUUGCCAGCUACGAAAUCAACAAAGACAGGGCCAUCUUCAUAACUGCUGGCGUGGAUCUAUCCAAGCACUUCCCCGAGCCAGAUGAUGAACUCCUCAAGCAGUGCAGGGACGAGGCCAACAGACGCCGAAAGUGGACUGAAGAGACAGAGACGAAGCCCCAGAGUCUCCUCCGACUUGUCCUGUCCGAAAUGGUCCAAGGCGAGAUUAACCCUGUCCGCCGGCACCUCAAUACCUCGGCAGAAGCAGAUCUAUUUCUCAAUGGCGUCGAAGCUGACACCAUGACCGGGAAGACCGCUUUGCACUUUGCCGCCUGCGAGGUGUAUCCCGAAAUUGUGGAGCUGCUACUGGAGAGGGGAGCUGAUCCGGAUGUGAGGGAUGUCGAAGGCCGCACUCCCUUGUCAGAGGCGGCGUUGUGGGGCAGGCUCAAGAACGUCGAAAUCCUCCUCGACCGUGGAGCCAAUCCCCUGCUAGCUUGCAUAAGAGAUGGGAAGAGACGCAGUCGCAAUUACGGCCCGUAUUGGGAAGAUGUCUACGAGAGAAACCUCGACCGCAGAGCGAUAGUCAACAUGCUUGAGAGUCGAUCCGGCUCAACGGGAACGACGGCACAAGACCCCUCAAAGCUGGGAGAUUUUGCGUUUACCAGGGCUGCUACUCCUGGGAGCUUCCUGACACUCGUCGCUCACUUCGACGUCCUAAAUGAACGGAAGACGGUUGGCGUUUUAUGCUGCGGGUCUCACCUCCCGCCCGUCGCCGCCCUGAGUGUCUGGGCACACAAGGACAACCCAGCAGCCAACAUCCAGAUUGCCGGAAGGGAAUGGACGGACGAGAUCCGCCAGCUCUGCAAUUACAUCAGACAUGACCUAGCUCCGCACGAUUAUGACCAGGGCGAACCGGGACGGUUCCACGCAUGCCACGCCGAGAAGCAACUCGUUGCAUACUUUCUCUCGCUCUCGACCUAUGACGCUUGGGACGUUCCUCCCAUCGUCAGACUCGCAGAGUUGCAACCCCUUGUAUCACUGCGGAAGGGUAUCAUUAUAGUACUUAAGCUUGAGAUCACGGUAGUGCCCAGCAGCGCCGUGUAG